GGUCACGUAGCCCCCACGUCAGCCGCUGCGUCAUGUGCAGUGAAUGGUACUCCGAGUCUCCUGAUCCGCCGCUCCGUUGCUCUAAUUUGCUAAUGACGAUGGCCUGUGUCAGAUGGUGCCGAAUAUGACCCAACACGGAUGGUUCGAUUUUCAAGAUUCUCAUGCAUACGUUUCGUCGCCCAGGUGAGCUCCACACGGUACAACUGGCUGACGCAUGAAGUCAUGUCGACGCCGACGCCUACCGUCCUCCUCAUCGGAACUUGCGACACAAAGCUGGACGAACUUGUAUACGUUCACAAUAGGCUCGUUGAAGAGCAUGGCGUUCAAUGCAAGCUCGUCGACGUAGGCAGAAACCCUUGCUCCCACCCGUUAAUCGCGUUCACGCAGGCCGACAUCCUCGCUAACUCCGGCUUACCAGCGCCGGCCGACCUGCAGGCCCUUCCUCGCGGAGAGCUCAUUUCGACCAUCAUAGAGCACACGACCCUCUGGUUUCAGAUACAUGGGGCUAUCGGGUUGGGCGGAAGCGGCGGGUCGUCCCUCUGCGCGGAAGUGAUGCGGGCUGCUCUUCCGCUCGGCUUCCCGAAGCUCAUUGUGAGCACGGUGGCCGGUGGCGACGUCCACGCAUAUGUCGGCGAGACCGACCUGAGCAUGAUGCACAGCGUGGUGGAUAUCGCAGGGUUGAACGGCAUCCUGUCUCCCAUCCUGGAGAAUGCGGCCGGCGCAAUUGCAGGCAUGGCCCGCGCCCAACAGUCUCGCGACAAUCAGUCCGUGCCAUCUCCAACCACAGGGAUGUUCCGCUCGGACUCUGGAGAUAAACGCAUCGCUAUCACCAUGUUUGGAGUGACUACACCUGCGGUGACUUACGCUCGAGAGCUACUCGCCGCCUAUCCUUGCACCACGUACGUCUUCCACGCGUCCGGUGCCGGCGGGAGGGCGCUGGAGAAGCUUGCUGAGUCCCGGUACUGGUCCGGCAUUCUCGACCUCACCACGACGGAGCUCGCGGAUGCUCUUCUGGGCGGUGUCCUGAGCGCAGGAGACCAACGCCUCACUGCGGCAGCCGCCGCACGUAUCCCACAAGUCGUGUCCCUCGGAGCACUGGACAUGGCGAAUUUCGGGCCCAUGGACGCGGUCCCCGGGCACUACAAGGGUCGGAAUCUCUUCAAACACAACCCGAGCAUGACGCUCUUGCGCACGUCGCCGGAGGAUUGCAAGAUCCUCGGGAGACAGGUCGGGGAACGAUUGAAAGACGCGGACCCAGACAUCACGGAGAUCUGGGUACCAAAACGCGGCGUGAGCGCACUGAGCGUCAAGGACGCACCGUUUUGGGACCCGGAGGCAGACGCGGCGCUAUUUGCAGCGGUGAAAGGCGGGCUGGGCGACAGCGAGAAGGAGUUUGUCGAGGGUGUUGUUCACAGAUUGGUGGAAUGAUGGGCAUGUCGCGACUAGACGGUCAGUAGAUGUUAGUAGGUCCGUUAUUGCAACAGAGGUUGAACGGACCUCGUCUGAUCAUAUAUCCGACCACGGAGGACAGUAAAAGCAUGUAUUUGUGACCCCACUAUGACCGCAGAGUUGAUCGCGAAACAGUAAUACUGGUCCUUGUAUGACGUCGUGUAAUUGGCUCACUGCUCGAGCAAUCUGCAUACACGACUUGUGGGACGCUGUGGGUGUACGUAAGAAAUACGGACCGAUUUGAUAGCACGAUACUCUACCAGGACCUUCAUUUCCGCUGACACAGCCUGCAGGGUGGGCACCCACCAUAAAGUUC